CCCUCACACUUGCAAAGACCCCAGCCGGAGUUGCUAGCUAUUUUCCGCAGGUUGGUGGCAACACGUGUGGGUAAGCGCUUUUGGAAAGCUGCCCGAGGAGCGGCUGAUGGGGCCGCUCUGCCUGGUUGUGGCCAGUACUGCUGCGGUAACAGUACCUCACAAAGCGUGGCCUCAGCGCCGCGGUUUAGUCUUCUGUUUUAGGUUCCUAAUUACUAGGUAAUAAGCCUUCCGGAUUCUCUUGCUGAAGUCCACUUCCAGUCUUUCCACAGGGCCUGCCGGGGAACCUGGCUUCCCAGAUUCGGAGCGGACUUCCGUCUUUUACAAAUUGCUGGCGCUUUCCUACCAAGCGCCUGUUUCCUGGACCAGUAGACAUUCCGCUCACUCUUUCCCAUACCACUUUUAUACUGUGCGGUUCUGUGUCCUAGAUGCUGUACCGGGUGCUGCGGUAGUCGGCUGUUACGGCUUCGGUGCUUGAGAGCAGGAUGCCGGCAAAAAGAGUUUGUGCUUCACCGACUUUAUAUGAGAGAAAUCCUAAGCAGAUUUUUUAAAAGAGUUGGAGGAGUAGGGUGAGAGGCUGAGUGCAGAUAGGUGUUUUGACUCUACCACAUGUAAGCUAAAUUGGAAAUAAACUUUGGGCUGUAUGCAAAAUAUGUCUUUUUCAAAGCUUUGAGUUACAUGUUUGGUUAACAAGUAUUGAGCACUUGCCAUUUGGACUGUGCUAUGAGAGGAGCUCUGGGGGAUGUGAAUAGUAUAGGAAGUGGUCACUGUCUGAUUGGGAAGAUGACAUACACUGGUCAUUUAAAUAUCUGAUGUAGUGCCAGAGCAAGAGAAAAGUAUGGGAUGGAAAAGCUAAGGAAUGACUUCAUACAAGAAAUGUUACUUAAGCUACAUCUUGAAGGAUGAGUAUUAAAAUUCAAAUAGACAAUGGAGAAGGGAUGAUAUUUCAGAUGGUGAAUUCAUUGGGACCCAAAGUAAUAUUUUCAGUGGUCAAGCACCAUUGACUUUGGAUCCCUUCUGCCCCAAGUUGAAUCCUGGCUCUGCCACUUGGAAAAGUCACUUGUGCUUCAGUUUCCUCAUCUAUCAAUCUCAUAGGGUUGUUAUGAAGAUUACAUGACCUAAUAUUUGUAAAGUAUUUUACAGGAUGCAUCAUGUUGUUUAAAUAGCUUGGAGGUAUAAAACAAACAAACCCCAGCACAUUUAUAGGGGACAAUGACAGAGAGUACAUACUAAGAAGUAAAUAAGGACAAGUGAAUAUGGUAGGGCCAGAUUUGAACUGGUAAAAGAAUUUAGCCCUAAUCUUGUAGGUGAUGAAGUUAUUAUUUUUAGUGGAUUAAGGAUAGAAAAUGAAAUUACAAAGGUGUUGUUUGAGGAAGUUUAAUUCAGGAAACAGUAUUUAUUGGGUAAAAAUGACCCAGUAUUCCCUUACUCAUUAAGAAUAGACUAAUGUUCAGAAGUGCAGGCAAUACCAUGACUUUUUUUUUUUGGCCACACCAAUGACAUGGGGAAGUUUCAGGGCCAAGGAUCGAACCUGAGCCACCGCAGUAACAAUGCUGGAUCCUUAAUCCACUGGUGCCACAGGGGAACUCUGGCAAUGCGUGACUUUUAACUGACGGCUGUUUGGGAGGGAUAAAUAUUGAAAAUAUCGGUUCCACAGUAAGGUAAAAAGUUCUUUCUAAUUCAGAUUUUAAAGGCUUUACGGACAUGGAUAUUUAUUUCUCUUUCUAAAAGCCGAUAAUCAACAUGGGUUGAUUAAAUACAAAAUUAAUCAUAUCUGUUGAUGAAAGAGGCUUUCAAAAACACUGUCAAAAUCAUGACACUCAAGUACCUAUGAAAACAACUAGAUGUAUUUGAAAGAAAGUCAUUUAAUGAUGAACAGUUAACACAAGGAAAAGUCAUUGUACAGCACAUUCAUUUUUGCAAUAGAUGCAAUGAGGUAUUUUCUUGUCCUCUUAAUUAAAAAUUAUAUCAUUUUGGGGGGGAGCAAAAGCAAUUUACACAUACUGAUUAACUCUAAAAAUAUAAGCAAAAGUUCUCCCAAAUCGCAUUCCACAGAGCUUUUAUCAGGGCAUGUGGAAAUAGACCACAUUUUCAGAAAUCAGUGUUUCUACCUUACAACUAUGAUGUGAACUCUCAGACUCAGGGGCAAGUUUUUUUCUGAAGCAUAUAUCUAAAUGCAUCUUAUAUGGAUGUAAUAUUUUUUAUAUCUCUCCGAAAGUUAGUUUUAGUUAUGGCUAUGAAUUAGCAAAGCCUUUUUCCAUUCUUACCUAGUGCAUAUGCCUAAUUAAUAGUUACCUUUUUAAAAACAUCUAUUCUUCUGUAGAUAAUGGUCACCGGCAGCACUAGCUUCAAAUACAGAGGAGAAUGAUUCAGCAAACUACUAUCUAGACAUCAACCAACCAAAAACAAAACAAAACAAAACAAAACAAAAUACUGUACAAUUUGGAUUGCUCUUCACACUGUACAGUGAUAACUGGUAUUCAUAAUCAUGACCAUGGGUUAGCCAACUAAGACUAAAUCCUUCUCAAGAUGGUUUAAGUACUGAAUAGUAUAAUCUAGGGUUUUAGAAAUAGAUGGCCCACAUGUACACUAAAAGAGUUAGCUAUAAAUAUAUCUGCAAACUCAACUGAAAACCUUAUUAACUACAAGACCCUCCUUUGCCCAGCCAUUUUCAGUAGCUUGAACUUGGCUGAGCAAUCACAUUCCAGGUCGCUUACAGAUCUAUCACUGAUGCACUGGAUUGUUUUCCUCAGAGCGGGAAUGGAUUUAGUCAUGUUUGUCUCUUCUGCAGUUCAGCCCCACACAAAUAAGAUGGUAAGUCACGUGUGCUUCCGGAAUCCCUGACCCUGAAGGCACUAGCAAAUAACUCAUAUGUCUGGUGCUGUUAGCAUGUGUCAAUAUUACCUUAGCCUAUGAAAUAGGUGUUUAUGUUUGUUAAAAGCAAACACAAAUGGGCACAUUCUGUGUAUGUAAGUGGUACCUCGGCAAAGUUGAUUUCAAAGAAACAAAUUCUGAACCUGCAAUCACUUUGGGGGGAGGGAAUACUGGUCUUGACCAAGAUGUGUGGUGCUUAUUAAGCCUUGGGGAGCUGCUCCCUAAUGCCGUAAGAAAGUUCUGUUCAUUUAUCGUCUUCCAAGCAUAAUCUAGGCUUCUGGCAAAUUAGACCCAACCACUUUGUUCUACAUUCAGGUGCAGAGGGGUGAACGCUCCUAGAGGUUUCCAAUUCCUUUUGAAACUCCACCAUUCUAGAAGGAUUUAUGAUUAUAUGGAGGGCUGGGGAAUGCAAGACACUGUGAGGUUUAUGCCGUGUCCCAAGAUCCCUCCACCUGGGCCUGUAACAUUUAGCCCCCGGAAACAAAUUCCCUUUUGCCAAAGCUGCCACCACUAGCUUCCCCCCUUCUUCUACCCUCUGUAUGGCCCUCUCCCGAGGCGGGCCUUCCCCAUUGGCCAGCCAGACACAACCGACUGCGGCAGCCAAUAGGAGCCACUCUCCUGAACAUUCAGAGGAUGGGUGCUCGUGGUGUGAUGAGGGGAGGUUGGCGCCUGGCACGCGCCCCCCUACAUCUGGCAAGUCUGUGACAGAAGCCGUAACUCCCCCUACGCACGCACACCCGUGCCCCUGCCUUCCUCCUCUCAGCUGCGCGGGGCCCCCACAACCCACGGCGUGUCUUGGCAGCUCCCUCCCCAGCUCCUUGGGGCGCGCGAGCGCACCUGCUUUCUCAAUAAGACAGAGCAUCCCUUUAUCCCAAGGCUUGGGAGGGGGCCGCCGAGGCGCGGCGCAGCUGCCCACGGCUUUCGAGGUGAAAGAGGUGUCUCCGCCCGGCACCCCACCCCCGCCGAGUAGUGUCGCUCCGAGGCCCAAGUGCUCCAGAGAUGCCUGAGGGUGCAGCUCUCUUUGUCCUCCCCAGCUGUGCUCUCUGCCAGCCAACCUCGUGCGCUCCGAGAAGGUGGGGGCGGGGAGCCCGAAACCUAUAAAAUAAAUGGGGGCAAGGAGAAAGGAGGUCCGUCCCGGGGUGGUGUGUGCGGCUUUCUCCACCCAGCCUUUCCUCCUCAGGCUUCCUCCCUCCGGUGUGUCCCUGGGGUCCAGGCAGGGGAGUGUCUAGGCAAAGGUGCGGCGGCGGCGGCGGCGGCGGCGGCUUGGGGAGCGCGGUAGGAUCGCACGCCCUAGCGUCCCGUCCGAGGGCACAGGCGCAAGAAGAAGGCUUGCCCACUCUCCUCCAUCUCUCCUCCCAUCCCUGGCUUUUGUGUCGAUGCCUCAGAGCUGCUAGGAGGGUGCGCUGGAGAAGGGGGGGGCUGGGGUGAGAGGCACCCCCUUCACGCGCGCGCGCACACACACACGUUGCCGGCGCACGCACACGCGCGGACACACACUCACAGACACGCACACACACACACACACACACACGCACAAAGCUCGCUCGCCUCGAGCGCACUAACGUGGCCGUUUUCUUUGUGUGGAGCCCUCAAGGGGGGUUGGGGCCCCGGUCCGGUCCGGGGGAGAUGGCGCAGCCCAUCCUGGGCCAUGGGAACCUACAGCCCGCCUCGGCCGCUGGCCUGGCGUCCCUGGAGCUGGACUCAUCGCUGGACCAGUACGUGCAGAUUCGCAUCUUCAAAAUCAUCGUGAUUGGAGACUCCAACGUGGGCAAGACCUGUCUGACCUUCCGCUUCUGUGGGGGGACCUUCCCGGACAAGACUGAGGCCACCAUUGGCGUGGACUUCAGGGAGAAGACGGUGGAAAUCGAGGGCGAGAAGAUCAAGGUGAUCCAGACGGUUCAAGUGUGGGACACCGCGGGCCAGGAGCGCUUCCGCAAAAGCAUGGUGGAGCAUUACUACCGCAACGUGCACGCCGUGGUCUUCGUCUAUGACGUCACCAAGAUGACCUCUUUCACCAACCUCAAAAUGUGGAUCCAGGAAUGCAAUGGGCAUGCUGUGCCCCCACUCGUCCCGAAAGUGCUUGUGGGCAACAAGUGUGACUUGAGGGAACAGAUCCAGGUGCCCUCCAACUUAGCCCUGAAAUUUGCCGAUGCCCACAACAUGCUCUUGUUUGAGACAUCGGCCAAGGACCCCAAGGAGAGCCAGAACGUGGAGUCAAUUUUCAUGUGCCUGGCUUGCCGAUUGAAGGCUCAGAAAUCCCUGCUCUAUCGUGAUGCUGAGAGGCAGCAGGGGAAGGUGCAGAAACUGGAGUUCCCACAGGAAGCCAACAGUAAAACUUCCUGUCCCUGUUGAAACCAAAUGGUGUAAAUACAAGGUCAAUUAUCACUGGAGGUUUUUUUUUUUUCCCCUUUUCCUUUUUUUCCGUGCCUGCAUAACACUGACACCUGCUCGUUUCUGUACAAAGUGAUAUUAAAAUAAAAUUUGUAUAGAUUAUCACAUGCCUUCACGUUUUGCUUUCUCCCAAGAAAACAUUGUUUUUUCUUUUUUUGUCUUUUUGCCUUUUCUAGGGCCACUCCUGUGGCAUGAAAACAUUUUUAAUUGUAAUGCGUAGAAGAGGCAGCUCACCCUACUCGAAAGAUAUACUGGUGCCAAGGCACACUUCCUAGCAGCCUUCUAUGCCACUUGAAAUGCUCCUUGUUUGUAUCACUUCUUCAGGAUUAAUUCAUUCUCUCACAUGGUGUCACCAGUGGGCAGAAUCACCUGGAGGAUGUGGACUACAGGCCAGAUAGACACAUUGUGCUAGAGAGCUGAUGCAGGCGGAAGGAUAGAGAAGUUCUUUUUUUUUUUAAAGAUUUUAUUUUAUUAUUUUUGUCUUUUUAUGG